AUGAGGUGCAUUCCCAGUUUGCAUGCUGGUGGUAACAUCGUUAACAUCACCCCUUUUUUUUUUUUUUUUUUCCAGACUGCUCUAAGUGCUUUUUUCCAAGAAACAAACAUCCCCUACAGCCACCACCAUCAGAUGAUGUGCACUCCUGCCAACACGCCGGCCACGCCGCCUAACUUCCCCGACGCCCUCACCAUGUUCUCCCGCCUCAAGGCCUCCGAGAGCUUCAACAGCAGCAGCCCCGUGGCCUCCAUGGCAACUCCGGGGGGCCGCCCAGCCGCCGUCUCCCAGCAGGCCACGGCAGAACAGAAGGCCAACGUGACCAUGGAGGCAGAGAGAUGAGGCUGCAGCAGAGAGCAAACACGGCGGGGACCCCUGCGUAUAAAUAUAUAUAUAUAUAUUUUUUUCCCCCUCCCCAAAGAGGAGAGGAACUCUGCUGCCAGGGCAUCUGGCAGCUACUGAGACACACGAGCAAAUAGCUGCCUUGCAUGGGUUUGGUUUGAAGUAGUUUUUACUUGUCCUUGAGCUGAACAGAGCUCCCCAGAGACAGCGGGAGGCUGCGUGGGACACGGGACCGGUGCUGGCCUCUGCCUGGGACCCCGCCGCUGCCGGGCUCUCAGGGAGGCAGCACCCCCUCCUCUCUUGGGACACCGGAGUUUGCAUGCGAGUGACGUUUACGGAGGAGGUCCCUUCUUCACGGUCCCCUGGGCCACCCCACCAGGCAGAGUGGGUUGUGCCUGAGUGUUUUCCUCCCCUCCCUUGGCCCCACUCAACUGGGUGGGGGGCAGACACCCCACACGGCUUGUUUUUUGUAAGGCGGGGAGAGAGCAAGGACUGUUCCUGCUCGGCCGCAGCCUCCACCCCGCAUGCGCCGUGCUCGCUGGUGAGUAGGGCUGGGGGACGCUGGCUC